UCGAGGGAUCACGAUAACUCUGCGUAUGUACGUGGAUGGUGCAAGGAGAGAUUGCGUCAGCCGUGCGUCACGGCUGCCAGACCUGUAGCACGACAAAACUCUCUCAAAUGGAGACUGCAGAUCAUUAUUGCCGAAUAUAUCGUGGUGUUUGUUGCGCUUUUUAGAGUAAGAAAAUACUUGUCGCAUCUAAAGGAUUGCACUGAAGCGGAGAUGAACAAAAGUAACAACUAUUCAGAAUUUUACUUAAAUCAAGAAGUUUGCGAUGAAGAACGAUGGGCAACGCAAAUAUACAUUGGAAUAUUGGCAGGAAUGCUUGUUGUGGCCUUUUAUUUUCUGAUUAGUUUGGCGGUGGCACUCUGUCGUUCUCGAAAAGGUCCGACUGAUGCAAAUUGUACUGUUCAGUAUGCUACUGUUCUUCGUGGACUGCUUGUCGUUGUCAUUGUGACCAUUAACUUACGACUGAUCAUAGAUAUUUUACAACUGGGACUUGGAAAAAAUGGCUUCGGCUCCUUUGCCGCAAUAUUUAUAUCAAAGAGCGCCUUGACGACAUUGGGCACCGCAUGCGUCUAUGCUUUUCUAUGGUUACGGCAAUGGGUUUUGUACGACCAACCGAUUCUGAAGAAAGUGAAGACAACAACUUUCAAAAUUUUCAAUAUACUGGUUUUGAUUCUCACAGUUACUCUGGCUGCAAUGGGUCCCGUUCUUGAAGCAAGAUAUGUACAGAUGGAAUUGACAGAGGACGGAUGCAUGUUAGUUCGAGCGAGCAGAUGGGGAGUUGCUCUUGGAAUUUACACGGGAUUCUCCCUUGCCUAUCAACUGAUUCUGCUGGGAUUUUUCAUCUAUCCAGUGAAGCAAACUCACUCUCACAUAUCGGACGAACCAAAAUCGAAAAUAGCACCGAUUGUCAAAAGAUGCACGUUAGCUGCAGCUGCGUGUGUGUUUAAUGAAAUCGUUUUCAUCGCUGUUCACAAUUUAAUUGAACGCCCUGUUAUGUUGAACACCGUUACCAUGGACUUGAAACUAAUUGUUUAUUACAUUUGCAUGGUGGCAUCUUAUAACGACUGGAAGGUUAAAAUUCUGCUCUUCGUAUCUCACCCGGAACGCAUACAUUCUUUGUCAAGGGUUGGCACCGAUUUUCGAUCGAAACUCAGCAGCGCGGGAGACGUGGAAGCCAAAAAUCUUAAAGGAGAUAUUUAGCUUCUCCGUAUUUGUUUCCAUUGCCCUAUUUGUACACUGUUAAAAACUUGUUAGUCAUUGCUCCAGGAAAUGCGAAAAAGCAUGCAUGAUUUUGAAUGGUUGCGUUUACAAGACUAUGAUCGUGAAUUUGGAACAUCUGUAAAAAGAACCAUAAUUGUAAACCUGCAAGACAGUACCAUCAUUUGCUGCUUGCGCUUGGCAAUACACUUCGAUUAGUAAUCUGAACUGUCUGUCAAUAGAUCUUUCUUGGUUAGGGACAUUUUGGUUUUUCGUGAAGAGAAUGAACUGGUCAAGUUGAAUUGACGAUACUACCAGUAAAUAAAUAUUUGAUAUAUUUUAGGCCCCAAAAGUAACGCGCAUAAGGCAACUGCUUUGUGAUAUGCGAUGACUCUUUUAUGACCAAGGACACACUAGUCUGGCAAUGAGCCGCUGGUCUGUUUUCCGAGCGGCUUCCGCUUGACACAUUACAAUGUUUAUGUAGAACUUCGCUUUAGUGUGCUUUUAUUAUUUAAAUCUUUUUCUUGCUUUAAUUACAUUUAUCAUACUUUAUUGCUCAUGGUUAAUAUUUUGAAUGUAAACUAAUAAAAUUGAACAAAU